AUGGCAUACUGCAGCGCUUACGGCUACGGCUACGGCUGUAACAAUGGUCUGGGCUACGGAGCACGAAUCGGUAUCGGUGUCGGCAUCGCGCUCCUCGUGCUGGUGCUGAUCACCCUCUUUAUGGGCAUGGCACGACGACGCAGGAGAAGAUUCACGCAGCAGCCUAGCAACACGAUUGCUAUGUACCAGAACAACCACCCACAGCCGUCCAACUACUCGCAGAGCUACAACUACUCUUCCCAGCCGAGUCCGUAUGGGCAGGCACCUGCGGCGUACGGCCCUCCUCCUGGAGCACCACCCGCGGACAGCGAUGCUGCGCACUACGCCCCACCACCCGGCCCUCCGCCCCCGGCUUACGUGCCAAGGCAGGAGAGGAAGGGUGCCGAAACGCCUACUGUUUGA